UCACAAGAGAGAGCGAGUCUGUCUAUAUAAAACCCCAAAGCUCGCCGCUAACGUAACGACCAAUCUCCAUUACUCGACGACUCACCCCUAAAAGAUUCAACCUUUUUUCAGAAUUCCCAAUUCAGAAGAUGAAGCUAGUGGAGAAGAAGAUGAUGACUACUACAACUCCUACGACUACGGAGGAGAAUGGUGAAGAAGAUAUCUGCCGCACGAUCGAGGUUUCGGAGGUUGACAGAAACCGGUUUCAGGCUCCGGAUGACGGUGAAGCUGAUGAUGAUGAUGAUACGUUUCGAGUUGUCUCCGGCGAAGAACUUAACCUAAUUCCGCCGCUCAACUUCUCCAUGGUCGAUAACGGUAUAUUCCGUUCUGGAUUCCCUGAUUCAGCUAACUUCUCCUUUCUCCAGACUCUUGGCCUCCGCUCAAUCAUAUACUUGUGUCCUGAGCCUUACCCAGAGACCAAUCUCCACUUUCUUAAAUCCAAUGGAAUUAAGCUUUUCCAGUUUGGCAUUGAAGGCAAUAAAGAGCCAUUUGUGAAUAUUCCAGACCACAAAAUCCGUAUGGCACUCAAAUUGCUUUUAGAUGAGAAAAACCAUCCUGUUCUGAUUCAUUGUAAGCGAGGCAAGCAUAGGACUGGUUGUCUAGUAGGCUGCUUGAGAAAACUCCAGCAAUGGUGUUUGACAUCGAUAUUCGACGAGUACCAGCGAUUUGCAGCAGCAAAAGCAAGAGUUUCAGAUCAAAGAUUCAUGGAGACAUUCGAUGUUUCAAGCUUCAAUCAUAUUCCUAUGUCUUUCUCUUGUUCCAUCAGGUAAACAACAGUGAAGCUACAUAUCUUCGGAUUAAAAGGCAAAUCAAAAGGAGAGAUGAUUAAUCAUAUUAUAGUUCCAGAGGAGGAAUCAUUCUUCUCUUUCUUUUACCUUUCCCUGGAAUCAAUCAAUAAUAAUAUUUCGAGAAAAUUAUAUAGGAGGUUUAAUUUUCUUUAUGAUGAAAUUUGAUUUUACUCUUUUUUCUUCCACUACUGCUCAGUGUAAGCAUUAUAAAGCAGGUAGAUAAAUACGUAUACACAGUAAAUUCUAUAGGAGGUUUGUGUAGCUAGGAAGAUUUAUAUAUAAAUAUAUUAUAUUUUCUUGGGUUA